AUGGACGCUGAAAUACGUCUUUCCCCUGUAGUAUCGCAUUAUGCUGAUCCUCUCGAGAUUUUGGCUGGUAAUGAUGAAAUCAAUCAAUUAACAGAUUCAAAUCCAUUAUCAAAUCGACGUCCAACUCGAUUACAUUAUUGUUGUGAUUAUUUCAUUAAUUUAUUUGUAUUCGAUGAAGUUUUUUCAUAUUUAUUCUGUGAUGAAAUCUUUCAAUCAUUUUAUUCAAUUAGUGACUAUAUAAAUAAUGUUGUAAGUAAUUAUAAGCAAUAUUUCUUGGAUUUAUCCAGAGAAGAUAUUCGAAAAUCGGCAUUUGAUUCAAUUUGUUCAAAUAUUUCUCCAUCACAAAUCAUUGGACUAAAACUUGGCAAGACAAAAUUUAAUCUAUUUGAUCAAUAUUUACUUGGAAGAAAUGGUGAGCAAUCAUUUACUAAUCUUCGUUCGUUGUGGCUUGAUCGAACAAUUUCAUAUAGUGAGAGUCUCUCACGAUGGAUGCAGUCAAAAAUUAAUUUAGAUAAUCUUCAUUCAUUUCAUUUCACUUGUUUGCAUGAUCAUUUAUUUGCACAAGUACGCAAUUCUUCAUUUGAAAAUCUUUCUUAUCUAAUCGGAAAUUCAAGCAGAAAAUUUCGUCAAUUAUCCAAUGGUAUACCAAAACAUUUAAAAACUUUACAUAUGUUUUUUGAUUCUAUUGAUGAUCUUAAUGAUUUAAUUGGUUCGAAUGCGCAUCAAUUCUAUUCGCUUGGCGUUGGUUUUCAAUGUCAAAUAGAUAAUCUUCAUCAAUUCUGUUCAUUAGUCAAAAAUCAUCAAUGGACACUUUUAAUUCAAUUCAACUUAAAUUUACAAGGAAUAAAUAAUAUUCAUUUCGAAACAAUAAAAUAUCUCUUAUCGUCAAUGUUUCGACUCAAAUAUUUGACGUUAUUAUUUAGUAAACAAGAAUUAAUUCAUCAGAGCGAUGUGCUCAAUGGUUUCCAAUGGGAAUUGUUCAUAUCCGAAACGCUGAUUUAUUUGAAGAAAUUUUUUUUGAAAAUUCCUCUUACUGAACAAUCUAACGAUGAAAUCAAUUUUUAUUUUAACACAUUUCAAUCAUCAUGGUGGAUCAAUGAAAAAAAAUGGUUCAUCGAAUAUUUUAUAGUAGAAAAUGCUUUUAUGACAGUACCAUAUUUUGCUCCAAAAAUAAUCGAUAAUUCAGUUGUUGACUCAUUCUUUAUGAUGAAACGAUCGGAACUAUCUUAUUCGAAUAUCCGAGAAAUGAAACUUUAUUUCGAUAAAUUAAAUCCUAUAUAUCUAUCCACUGAUCAGUAUUAUGGGCGAUUUUGUAAUGUUAAUCGUCUAUCAUUCAAUGGACAGUUAACAGGAAAUCCUUUAAUCAAUAUUCGACAUUUAAUUAAUGUAGAAAAAAUUGUGUAUUUUCAAAUUUCAUCAACAAUUACACAUUGUGAUCUGUUAGCAGAAUUUAUCCAAGAUAUGACAAAUCUUUCGUCUCUUCAUAUCCAAUGCGUCCAUGCUCUUCAUAUAUUUGAUUCGAUUUUAUCACCAUUGGUUUCAGUUCGACGUCUUGAUUUAUUUGGUUAUCAGACAAGAACAAGAAGUCUAUUGGUAAAGCGUGUACGCUUUCUAUUUCCUGCCUUGAUUCAUUUAACUAUAGAAUAUCAUUCGAGGCGACUAUUUCGUUAUGUAUUGAAUGAAUUAGUUCAUCUUGAAGAGAUUCAUUUUCAUUUAAAAGAUCAUGAUCAUGUACCAAAUCAUCAUUGGAUAGAACAAUAUACUCGAUUAAUUAAUCAUUCAUUUCAAUCAGAAGUUUUUAAUGUCAAUCAUAAAGAAAGAAUAUUUGUACUAUGGAUUAAUCGAGAGAAAAUCAAUAAUCAAUCUAUCGAUCACAAAUGUCUUAUCCAAUGA